CACACACACACACACACACACGCUUGUGUCCAUGGUGAAGCGAGGGAGUAAAGUGCAGGUCGGUCAGGAGGAGAGAGAGAUCACCGUCCUGCCGCGGAGGAAGACGGACGAACCGGACGACACCGCCGGGACAAAGAUGGCUCCGUCCUCCUGCUGCUCGUCUUGUAUCCGUCUGAAGGACAGGUGUCCUCGACCCCACGGACUCUUCAGCCUGGUCAUCACCAAACUAUGUCUGUUUGCGCUGCUGUUCGGGGUCGUCUGGUCGAUCACAGGAAGUGAGUGUCUGCCUGGCGGGAACCUCUUCGGCCUCGUCAUCCUCUUCAUCUGCUCCGUGCUCGGAGGGAAGCUGGUGGGAAUGAUCCAGCUGCCCACCCUGCCCCCCUUCCCCCCACUGCUGGGAAUGCUGCUGGCAGGUCUGCUGCUGCGGAACGUUCCCUACGUAACGGACGCCGUCUACAUCGACACUCACUGGUCAGCAGCUCUGAGGAACAUCGCCCUCGCCAUCAUCCUGACCAGAGCCGGGCUGGGCCUCGACCCCUCGGCGCUGAGCCGUCUGAAGGCGGUGUGUGUGCGCGUUGCAGUUGGUCCCUGCGUGGUGGAGGCCUGCAUCAUCGCCGUGGUUUCUCACUUCCUGUUGGGUCUGCCCUGGGUGUGGGGCUUCAUACUGGGUUUUGUCCUGGCUGCAGUGUCUCCAGCGGUUGUGGUUCCUUCCAUGUUGCUCCUGCAGAGAGAAGGUUACGGCGUGGAGAAGGGGAUCCCCACCCUGCUGAUGGCUGCUGGGAGUUUUGACGAUAUUCUCGCCAUAACAGGGUUCUCCACCUGCCUAGGAAUCGCCUUUUCUACAGGUUCUACGUGGAUGAACAUACUAAAGGGUCUGCUGGAGGUGGCGGGAGGGGUCAUAGCCGGGCUGAUUCUGGGUCUGUUCUUGAGCUGCUUCCCCAGUAAAGACCAGGAGGACCUGGUUUUGAGGAGGACUCUCAUGUUGUUGGGUCUGUCCAUAUUUUCGGUGUUCUUCAGCCAUGUGGUUGGUUUUGCCGGCGCCGGUGGUCUCUCUACGCUGGUGCUGGCCUUUCUGGCUGCUCUGAGCUGGAAGACCGACAAGGCCCCGGUGGCGGCCAUGGUGGGCAUAUCAUGGGACGUGUUCCAGCCGAUGCUGUUCGGUCUGAUCGGAGCAGAGAUCACCAUCGCAAAUCUCAGCCCCAGCACCGUGGGUCUGGGUCUGGCCUGUAUCAGUAUCGGUCUGGUGAUCCGUCUGCUCGUCACCUUCCUGCUGGUUCAUUUCGGAGGAUUCAAUCUGAAGGAGAAAAUCUUCAUCGCUGUGGCCUGGCUGCCCAAAGCCACCGUACAGGCUGCUAUCGGCUCCAAGGCGUUGGACAUGGCGAGGGAGGAAGGGGACGAGACCUUGAUUAAGUUCGGCCUGGACGUGCUAACGUUAGCCGUGUUAGCCAUCCUCACCACAGCUCCCAUCGGAGCGCUGGGGAUCGGACUGGCAGGACCCCGCCUCCUGGCCCGGCAGGUCAAAGCAGGUGACAUAGAAGGCGGAGCCACGACUCCAACCUGCAACGGGAUUGGCCAAGAAAAAGACAAUGUGACCCUUGAGAGCAAACUCUGAGCCUCUGACUGGACAAACACAUUAAAAACCUUCUGUCAGUGAUAUUCUACUGACACUUUACCACUCCUGUAUGUAAAUAACAUUUUAAAUAUUAGAAAGGUUAGAAAUAAUAACAAUAAGUCAACAGCAGAAUUGAGAGGUUCACUGUCUUGAAAGUAAAAAAAUAUGACAAAGUAACUCAAAAUUAUAGUCAGAAUGAUUUGUUUUCUACAUCAACAAUAAAGUAAAAAGAUAGUGUUCAAUGAUGAGUUAUGGUGUUAUAUUCAUUCAACAGUGGACUAGGCCCAAAUUAAAGCACAUGUUAUAUAUGAUGAGCUAGCUCGCUAAUGUUAGCGUAGCAUGCCAUAUUUAUUAUUUCACUCCAACGCUUCACUUCCAGUUAUUAUCCAUCAGCUUUUGUUACUCUGUGUUGGUUUGUUGUGUAACUGCAGUACAGGUGAGGUGAUUCAUCACUUUGGGGAGCACGCUAUAAAUAAUAACAGACGCUAUAAAUAAUAACAGACGCUAUAUAAAUAACAGACUGAAUGUAAAAAAAAAAGGAUGUAGCGGUGUCACCUGUUGGUUUUUGGCCCGUUUGAAGCAUCGAGUUCAGCAUUACAUUCGUCGCCAUCAUUCUUUGAUUAAAUGUUUGUUACUUACCUGAAAACUGAACUCCUCGGGGUGUGUUAACAACCAAACGCCGAACAAGACAUUUUAAAUGAACAAAACAUUGAAAUAAACUGUCUUGAAGUGAAAAUACAGUGAAAGGAGUAGAAGUUCUGAGACCAAACCGGACGAAAACACGGACAGCAACAAACAAGUUCAAGCUGUUAAAGUCCACAUCGCCAUGGAUACGUGUUGCUUUUCUUCUCUCCUGAUGAUAGCUCGCCUUGUUAGUCACCUGUCAAUCAAAGGUAGCCACACCCCAAAUCAUACGAUUCAUACGAAAUAUUUUCUUCUAAAUGGGGCCAUUAUUUACACAUUAACAUAAGAUGAUCUAGAAAAUAUUUCUUGACCAGCGAUUGAGACCAUAGUGUUGUGAGAAGUAUAUCAUGUUAUAUUGAGAUAGAUAGGACCCAAAUGGUUCUGCAGCCGCCGCAGCGCCCCCUGCUGGAGUCUUUAAGGCCUCACUGCUCUCUGCUGCUCUGCACACAAUGGAAUGGCCUAAUUAAACAUCUAACCACUUCUUCUUCUUCUGAGAAACACUGUGGUGUUGCAGCACCUGCUUUCUCCUGUGAAAAAUGAUGAAAUGAUGAAUGACAACAUAGUGUAGAAACUACAUAGGCAUUUUGAUUGUAUAUGAUAUUGUUUUCAUUUAUCGUUUCUCUUGCAGUUUGCUUUUCAAAGUUUAGUGUCGAGGCUCCAGUGGAACUCAGGAGGAUAUUUAAAUGAUGAUUGAAUAUUUAACCAGAUGUUUGAUCAGACUAUCAGUAAUCAGUAUCACUCUUAUGGUUUUCAGUACGUUCUCAGAUGGAUAUUUACAAAAAUUAUUGUAAUAAAAUGUGACUGCUUUCUUUUAAUGAAAAUCUCAAUAAAUACUUUC